AUGUUGCUUAUGGGUGUCGUGGCGGUGUUGUGCGCGUCACACGUAGCAACUGCGGAGUGGCGUUGCCCUGAGCUAAGUGCACGCCCCGCUGCUGAAUGCUCCUGUGACCUGCCGCACACACUGCGAUGCGCUGGUGACCAUACCGCUCUGCAGAUUAUUGGCAGACAUCUUCGAGAACAAAAAGCAAGAAAUAAGAACACCGCAGUGUCACUGCUCGAUUGUGCUUUACGGGGAGUAUCAGCGUUACCAUCUGCAUCUAUUUCUGAACUAGCCGGUGUGGGCCUCCACGGAUUGGUGAUAUCUUCCGGAGACAUUCGAAGAGUCCAGCAGGGAGCUUUCAAUUCCAUUGCGGCUACUUUAUUAGCAUUAGGAUUACCAAACAAUCAGUUGCCAUCGGUGCCGACAGAGGCAUUAAAUCACCUGAUGCUUUUGGACCGUUUGGAUUUAUCUAAUAACAAAAUUCACACCCUAGACUCGAAUUCGUUUAAGGGUAUCAAAAAUCUCACUUAUCUAGAUAUAAGUGAUAAUCAACUGACUGUAAUAUCACCGGAUACAUUCAUACCGUUGUCAAAACUUACUGUACUUAGAUUGAGAGGAAAUCUUCUGAAAGUUCCCGCUUUAGCUUCGUUAAAGGAUGCCCAUUAUUUACGAGAACUGGAUCUUUCGAGCAAUGCUCUGGAGGGUCCGUUGGGGCCUACAACGAUACCACCGCUAAGUUUUCUGAAUAUACUCCAUCUUUCAGACAAUACAUUUGCUAGUAUACGUCGAGGAGCAUUAGCAGGUCUUACAAACUUGACACACUUGAAUCUGCAUAACAACCAAGUGGAUGUACUGGAGGACUAUGCGUUCAGACACCUCACUAAUUUGACACAUUUGGACUUGUCACAUAACGAGAUAGUGGCGGUGUCGGGCGCUUCUCUAGCUCAGCUUACAAAUUUGAUCCAUUUGGACUUAUCGCACAACUUUUUACGAUCACUCUCUGCAGAACCAUUAAAGACUCUAGGACGUCUUACUGAUUUACUUCUUCAUGACAACGACAUAUCUAUGAUUGAUGACGGAGCGUUGGCGCAGCACAAGGACCUGAGUCGGUUUACAAUAGAAGAUAAUCCACUCAAUUGCGACUGUUUAAUGGCUGGUUUUGCAAGGUGGUUGAGGGAAGCAAAAAACCUGUCUCAGUCUGAUAAAUCUGCCGCAGUCUGCGCCACGCCACCCCAUUUAGAAGGAGCACUCCUAUCUAGAUUAUCGAAAAACAAACUUUGCGAUGAUUUUGAACAUAUAGAAAUAAAACACAAACAAGAAAUAAAUUACGAUUACAAUAAAAUAUUCGAUGACGAUACUGACGCGACUCAUGAUAAGCUUAGUAUUGAUGAUCCGGUAGUUGAUGAUGAUUUAUAUAUCGAUAAACCUGAAGGCUUAGAUGAUGAUAUUUAUGAUGAGGAAUUGGAAGUACCAGCGGAAGAAGAUUUACCGAUAUCUAAGACAAAAGUACGACUUGAAGAUGCUUGGUAUGACAAAGAGGAAGUGCAUCUAUCAUGGUCUCUCGAUCCUCCAUCGUUACGGCGAUUUCGUUGUACUGGAGUCACAGCUUCGAGAGGUGGAAGUUUGCCUAAACACGUUGCUUGUCAUAGAGCCCCGCCUGCGAAUAUUGUGUUACAAGGAUUAAAGAUUGACCCCACCGAGUAUUAUACAUUCUGCGUCGCUUUGGAAGAAAUGGAUAAUAAAGAUGUGCCGAUGGCUCUCGUGCUUGGAUGUGGUGCGCCGCAACCUGUAAGGCAAAGGGCUGAGUACAUAACUGUAUCGGGCGUCCCCGCUACUACUCCACCAGCAAGGCCUAUGUUCAGAGUUUCAGAAGUUCGCUCCAACGUGACCGGUGAUGGGGUCCUAACUGUACUUAUAUCAGUAAUGGGUAUACCCGCGACCCGUUCUCCGUACGUCUUACCACGAUCUCAGAGACUAUCGGCGCCUGACAACAAAUAUCUUGCCAUAUACAAUUGUUAUGUAGUCUUGGCCGUCCUCUCCAAGGGGUCUUUAGUAGCUCAGAAAGAUACGCCGUGCCGAUCUACUUUAGAAAUAUCCAUGGAUGGUUUUGUGAGAGGGCCAUACGAAGUCUGCGCCAAGAUUUCUAAGUACAAAACUGAUGAAACACUACCAAUAUGUGUUGUUCCUCAACUGCAGGAACCGCUUGGCUCCAUGGAAAUGAAAUCUGGUAUGAAGGGAUUGAAUUCAGCUUUAGUGGGUGUAGCUCUUGGCUUGAUGAUUAUUGUAAUUGGUCUUGUUUGGUUUGUAAGAAAGAUGUUAAAAAAACCAACGGAAUAUAACACACAUCGAUGCUUUAGACCGGAGGCUGCACCAGAAGAAAGCGUUAGAGCCAGCUAUGUAAUGCUAACAGCUACUUCUAAGGUUUAG